AUGUUGCCUGUGUUUCUCUCCCUUGUAGGUGUGGUGUCAGCACAGCGGCAGGUCACCGUUCAGGAAGGACCCUUGUACCGCACGGAGGGCUCCCACAUCACUAUCUGGUGCAAUGUGAGUGGCUACCAGGGACCUUCUGAGCAGAAUUUCCAGUGGUCCAUUUACCUGCCUUCGUCGCCACAGCGAGAGGUGCAGAUCGUCAGCACCAUGGACUCUUCCUUCCCCUAUGCCAUCUACACCCAACGCAUCCGCGAAGGGAAGAUCUUCAUAGAAAGAGUCCAGGGGAACCCAACCCUAUUGCACAUCACAGAUCUUCAGGCCUGGGAUGCCGGAGAAUAUGAAUGCCACACACCCAGCACCGAUAAGCAAUACUUUGGGAUUUACAGUGCAAAGAUGAACCUAGUGGUGAUCCCAGACUCCCUGCAGACCACUGCCAUGCCCCAGACUCUGCACAGAGUGGAGCAGGACCCACUGGAGCUCACUUGUGAGGUGGCCUCGGAGACCGUUCAGCACAGCCACCUGUCUGUGGCCUGGCUCUCGCAGAAAGUUGGCGAGAAGCCCGUGGAGGUCAUCUCCCUGAGCCGAGAUUUCAUGCUUCACUCCGGCAGCGAAUAUGCCCAGAGGCAGAGCCUGGGGGAGGUGCUGCUGGACAAGCUGGAGAGGACCACCUUCCGCCUCACCAUCUUCCACCUGCAGCCUUCUGACCAGGGCGAGUUCUACUGCGAGGCCGCCGAGUGGAUCCAGGAUCCGGAUGGGUCAUGGUAUGCUAUGACCCGAAAGCGUUCCGAGGGAGCCGUGGUCAACGUCCAGCCAACUGACAAAGAAUUCACUGUUCGGCUGGAAACAGAGAAGUGGCUGCACACGGUGGGCGAGCCGGUGGAGUUCAGAUGCAUCCUGGAGGCUCAGAAUGUUCCCGACCGUUACUUUGCUGUCACCUGGGCCUUCAACAGCUCGCUCAUCGCCACCAUAGGCCCUAACGCUGUGCGUGUCCUCAACAGCGAAUUUGCUCACCGGGAAGCCAGGGGACAGCUUAACGUGGCCAAAGAGAGCGACAGUUUUGUGCUGAAGAUCUACCACCUCCGCCAGGAAGAUAGAGGGAAAUACAACUGCUGGGUGACUGAGCGAGAGAAAACCGUGACGGGGGAAUUCAUUGAUAAGGAGAGCAAGCGUCCCAAGAACAUCCCCAUCAUAGUCCUCCCCCAUCGGUAAGUAGAGAGAUCAGAUAACUGGGUAGUUAAAGUCCCCCAGCACCACCAGAUCCUGUCCCAAGGCCACUUGGAGAGCAGCAUCUCCGUGGAGGUGGCCAGCAAUGCCAGCGUCAUCCUUGAGGGCAAGGACCUGCGCUUCUCCUGCAGCGUCCGCAUGGCAGGCAGGCUGCAGGGUCGCUUCUCUGUCAUCUGGCAGCUUGUGGACAGGCAGAACCGCCGCAGCAAUAUCAUGUGGCUAGACCGGCAUGGCACCGUGCAGCCAGGCUCGUCCUACUGGGAGCGCAGCAGCUUUGGGAGCGUCCAGAUGGAGCAGGUGCAGCCCAACUCAUUCAGCCUGGGCAUCUUCAACAGCAGGAAGGAGGACGAGGGCCAGUAUGAAUGCCAUGUGACUGAAUGGGUGCGGGUGGUGGAUGGCGAGUGGCAGAUUGUUGGGGAGCGCCGGGCCAGCACUCCCAUCUCCAUCAUAGCUCUUGAAAUGGGCUUCGCAGUCACAGCCAUCUUCCGGACACCGGGGGUGACCUACAGCGACUCCUUUGACUUGCAGUGUAUCAUCAAACCCCACUACCCUGCCCAGGUCCCCGUGUCAGUGACAUGGAGGUUCCAGCCGGUGGGCACGGUGGAGUUCCAUGACUUGGUGACCUUCACCCGGGACGGAGGGGUCCAGUGGGGGGACAGGUCCUCCAGCUUCCGAACCCGAACUGCCACCGAGAAGGCUGAGUCCAGCAACAACGUCCGCCUAAGCAUCAGCCGAGCCAGUGACACGGAAGCAGGCAAGUACCAGUGUGUGGCAGAGCUGUGGCGGAAGAACUACAACAACACCUGGACACAACUGGCGGAGAGGACCUCCAGCUUGCUGGUGAUCAGGCUGCUGCAGCCAGUGACAAAGCUGCAGGUGAGCAAAUCGAAGAGGACCCUCACCCUGGUGGAAAACAAGCCCAUUCAGCUGAACUGCUCAGUCAAGUCUCAGACCAGCCAGAACUCCCACUUUGCGGUGCUCUGGUACGUCCACAAGCCCUCAGAUGCCAACGGCAAGCUUAUCCUGAAGACCGCCCACAACUCCGCCUUCGAAUACGGUACUUACGCGGAGGAGGAGGGCCUGAGAGCCAGGCUCCAGUUUGAGAGGCAUGUGUCGGGGGGCCUGUUCAGCCUCACCGUCCAGAGAGCCGAGGUCAGCGACAGCGGCAGCUACUACUGCCACUUGGAGGAGUGGCUGCUGAGCCCCAACUACGCCUGGUACAAGCUGGCAGAGGAGGUUUCUGGGUGCACAGAAGUCACUGUGAAACAGCCAGCGGGUGCAGCCCAGAACUGUCUUCUGAGGAAGAGGUGCUCUCCUGGGCCCCCACUGUCCCCAGGCCUCAGCAAGGCAAGUGAGGUGCUGCCGUCAUCCAGGCUGGACAGUUCAGUGAUUUGCCUGAGGCCCCACAGCAGAGUUCAACAGGAGACAGAGAAACCAGCCAGAGGCAGAGGGAGGUAACACGGAGUCCCCCAGAAAGGUCUGGGCUGCACGUGCUUCAGGUAACCUCCCUUGACCUUCACGAGAACGAGAAGGCUGCCUGAUCAGAGAGUCUCUGAAGAAGAUCCUGUGGCUACAGGCUUCAGCAGCAUGUGAGGGAGACCCCAGUUAUUUCCUCAGGUGUUUCCACCAAAUCCUCCUGUCUUUCAUGGCCAACAUCCCAGGCAAGGCUUGGGGCCCCCGUCUGCUGC